AUGCCGAGCAGGUUCAUGGGCCCAUGUUACCGGGAGCUGGCCAAGAAUUGGAUGCCCACGGCCAGCAUGUGGGGUGCUGUGGGUACCGUGGGGCUGGUGCGGGCCACUGAUUGGCGACUGAUCCUGGACUGGGUGCCCUACAUCAAUGGCAAGUUCAAGAAGGAUGAUUGAUUGGCCACACCUUUAAGAGCCUCUCUGGUGCCCCACCUCGGACC